AUGUCCUACCGAGACCCAAGCCCCAGGGGCUCUACCAAAACGCUAUGGUCAAGGAAAUCCUUUCACAACAGAAUACUUCUGGGACGGAAAGCUUCCGGAGGUACGGACGUUGGCCUGUGGAACGGGUACAAAGAUUUUUCAAUUCGGGACCCAAGUAACUAUCUGGAGCUACGUCAUAAGGCACCGCCUGCCGUUGUCCUUAGAACGGACCAGGACUUCGAGUACUCCAGAGAAGCAGUACAAGCGAAGUGCGGUACCGCGUUUGACAGCGUCGAUCUUAGCAGCUUUCAGCGGAGCAUCUACGAGAACGCGGACGAGGCCCACUGGUAUAUGAAUCACGGUCCGGGCGGGUUACCAGACUUCAACUGGACCGAGGAACAAGACAGAUUCGAACUCGAACACCAGCAAACUCAAAGGCCGCUGGAAAAUACAGACCACUCUCCAAAAACACCGUCGGUCUCGCCGCUCACGUCACUACAUCGUCCAAAAGCAGAAACAACACCAGUGAUCGUCCCAAACGACUCUCCACAAACGCCAUCGGAGGUCAUCACUGACAGAUUCGCAACCCCCUAA